UAUAAUUAAGUUAAUUUAAGAAAGUUUCAACAUGGCUGUGGGAUUGUCAUUGCUAAAAUAUAUUGUCUUCUUCACCACUAUCUUCAUGGCGAUGACAGGCCUGCCAGUGAUGGCGUUACGAGAUUUGCCUCAAGAUGAACUGAUGAUGAAAAUUAAAUUACUUCCACUUACAGAUUUCAUAACUUGUGACAGAAAUUGUGUUACUAGCAGUGAUUGUUCUGAUGGUUGGAUCUGUAAAUCAUGCAAAUAUGUUCCAGUUGUUAUACCACCUCAAAUACCUUAUCCUUAUGAGUGGCGAUGCAAUGCCUAAAAAUAUUAUCUUAAUUAUGAAUUAUUAUGGAAUUCAAGAGUGAAUAAUGUUAGUUGAUGCUACAUCUAUAAAAUACUUUUGAGUGCAUUUGAAUUAAGUUUUUCGUAUGUAAUGUUUGUUUUUCUUUUGAACUAUGUGUAAUAUGAAUAAAUGGAGGAGAAAAAUCAUGAGAUUAUUUUCAUUCCAACUUUAAA